CAACGUCUACAGUUACUUCAAUAGGCGCCAUCUUGGGUGUUUAACAUUUAUGAUUAAGCUGUCAUGUCAGUCGAAUUCUAAAAGGAAAACUAUUGCAUUCGGAAAGCAAGUUAGUGUAGUUUUUGUUUCGUGGAAGACUGAGUAUUUUAAGUUGGAGACAAGAAUCACUAUAAUUAAGAAUUAAAAAUGGCAAGUCAAAUGUUGCCAAUUAAAUUCCAGGAACAUUUACAGCUGGUAAAUGUCGGUAUCAAUGUGGCGAAUAUUUCUUUUGCUACCCUCACAAUGGAAAGUGACAAAUUCAUCUGUGUUAGAGAGAAAGUGGGGGACACGUCACAAGUAGUUAUAAUAGACAUGGCAGAUACAGCUAACCCCAUUAGGCGCCCCAUAACUGCAGAAAGUGCAAUAAUGAACCCAGCUUCCAAAGUAAUAGCCCUCAAAGGUAAAGCUGGCGUAGAAGCCCAGAAAACCUUGCAAAUAUUCAACAUCGAAAUGAAAUCAAAGAUGAAAGCACAUACAAUGAAUGAAGAUGUUAUCUUCUGGAAAUGGAUAUCCUUGAACACUUUAGCGUUAGUAACCGAAACCUCAGUUUACCACUGGUCCAUGGAAGGUGAUUCCACUCCUGUUAAAAUGUUUGAUCGCCACUCUUUACUGAAUGGAUGUCAGAUAAUCAACUAUAGAACAGAUCCUAAGCAGAACUGGUUGCUUCUGGUUGGUAUUACUGCCCAGCAGUCCAGAGUGGUGGGCGCUAUGCAGUUAUAUUCAGUCGAGAGGAAAUGUUCCCAACCAAUCGAAGGUCAUGCUGCUUCUUUUGCUACUUUCAAAAUGGAAGGCAAUCCUGAACCAUCUACUCUUUUCUGUUUUGCUGUGAGAACAGCACAGGGCGGGAAGUUACACAUAAUCGAAGUUGGUCAAUGUCAUCCAAACAACCAACCGUUCCCCAAAAAAACCGUAGACGUAUUCUUUCCACCAGAGGCCCAGAAUGAUUUUCCAGUGGCAAUGCAAGUAUCUUCUAAGUACGACGUCAUCUACCUUAUCACCAAGUACGGUUAUGCCCAUAUGUAUGACAUCGAAAGCGGUAUCUGCAUCUAUAUGAACAGGAUAUCCAGUGAGACCAUUUUUGUAACAGCUCCCCAUGAGGCGACUGGUGGUAUUAUUGGUGUCAAUAGGAGAGGACAGGUGCUCUCUGUUUCGGUGGAUGAAGACAACAUUAUUCGUUAUGUUAGUGGUGUUCUUCAUAACCAUGACCUGGCUCUACGUAUAGCCUCUAGAAACGAUCUUGCAGGAGCUGAGGAUCUUUUUGUCAGCAAGUUCCAGAUGUUGUUCCAGAAUGGCCAGUACACCGAAGCUGCAAAAAUUGCUGCAAAUGCUCCUAAAGGAAUCUUAAGGACUCCAGCAACCAUUCAAAUGUUCCAGCAAGUUCCCACACAAGCUGGUCAAAAUAGUCCAUUACUACAGUAUUUUAGUAUUCUACUUGAUAAAGGACAACUAAAUAGGUACGAAUCCUUGGAACUUUGCAAACCAGUUCUUUUACAAAACCGCAAGCAGCUCCUGGAGAAGUGGCUCAAGGAGGAAAAACUGGAAUGCUCAGAAGAAUUAGGUGACCUUGUCAAACAGGUUGAUCCAACUUUAGCUCUGUCUGUUUACCUCAGAGCCAAUGUUCCAGAGAAGGUAAUUCAAAGCUUUGCCGAGACAGGACAGUUCCAGAAGAUAGUGAUCUAUGCCAAGAAAGUCUCCUACACCCCAGAUUAUAUCUACUUGUUGCGUUAUGUGAUGAGAACAAACCCUGAACAAGGGGCCAAGUUUGCAGGAAUGCUUGUGGGAGAUCAGGAGCCUUUAGCCGACAUCAACCAAAUAGUGGAUAUCUUUAUGGAACAGAAUAUGGUACCCCAAUGCACAGCUUUCCUCUUGGAGGCACUGAAAAAUAACAGGCCAACUGAAGGUCAUCUGCAGACGAGACUUUUGGAAAUCAAUCUUAUUUCCGCUCCACAGGUUGCUGAUGCAAUUUUAGGAAGCAACAUGUUCUCUCACUAUGAUCGACCUCACAUAGCUCAACUUUGUGAGAAAGCUGGUCUCCUACAGAGAGCACUGGAACACUACACUGAUCUCUAUGACAUCAAGAGGGCUGUAGUACACACCCAACUUCUUCCUGUUGAUUGGUUGGUGAGCUUUUUCGGUACCCUAAGUGUGGAGGAUAGUCUAGAAUGUCUCAAGGCCAUGCUAACAGCCAACAUCAGGCAGAACCUUCAGAUUUGCGUGCAAAUCGCUACCAAGUACCAUGAACAGUUGACUACGAAGGCGCUGAUUGAUCUGUUUGAGAGUUUUAAGAGCUAUGAAGGUCUCUUCUAUUUCCUUGGCUCCAUCGUGAACUUCUCGCAGGACGAAGAAGUACACUUCAAGUACAUACAAGCUGCUUGCAAGACCGGUCAGAUCAAAGAGGUUGAGCGCAUAUGCAGAGAGUCAAACUGUUACAAUCCUGAACGCGUAAAGAACUUCCUUAAGGAAGCUAAACUUACUGAUCAACUACCAUUGAUUAUCGUUUGCGAUCGAUUCGACUUCGUCCACGAUCUGGUUCUGUACCUAUACAGAAAUUCUCUGCAGAAAUACAUCGAGAUCUAUGUGCAAAAGGUCAACCCCAGCCGCUUACCUGUGGUUAUUGGCGGACUGUUAGAUGUCGAUUGUUCCGAAGAUAUCAUCAAGAAUCUGAUAUUAGUCGUUAGAGGGCAGUUUUCGACAGAUGAGUUGGUUGAAGAAGUAGAAAAGAGAAACAGGCUGAAACUACUGCUACCAUGGUUGGAAUCAAGGGUUCACGAAGGUUGUGUGGAACCUGCAACUCACAACGCACUUGCCAAGAUCUACAUCGACUCCAAUAACAAUGCUGAGAGAUUCCUGAAGGAGAAUCAGUGGUACGAUUCAAGAGUGGUAGGACGUUAUUGCGAGAAACGUGACCCCCACCUCGCCUGUGUGGCCUACGAAAGGGGCCAGUGCGACCGUGAGUUGAUAGCAGUAUGCAACGAAAACUCCUUGUUCAAGUCCGAGGCCAGAUACCUGGUGCGCAGGCGUGAUCCCGAACUGUGGGCAGAGGUACUUCAGGAAAGCAAUCCCUACAGGCGUCAACUCAUCGAUCAAGUCGUCCAGACCGCCCUCAACGAAACGCAGGACCCCGAGGACAUCUCCGUUACCGUCAAGGCGUUCAUGACUGCCGAUCUGCCAAAUGAACUCAUCGAGCUACUCGAGAAAAUCGUUCUAGACAAUUCGGUCUUUUCCGAUCAUAGGAAUCUGCAGAAUCUUCUCAUCUUGACUGCGAUUAAGGCCGACACAAGCCGCGUCAUGGACUACAUCAACCGUCUUGACAACUAUGACGCCCCAGACAUCGCUAACAUCGCCAUAACCAGCCAUCUGUACGAAGAGGCGUUCGCCAUUUUCAAGAAGUUCGAUGUCAACACUUCUGCCAUUCAGGUGUUGAUCGAGCAGGUGAACAACCUGGACCGCGCCUACGAGUUCGCAGAACGCUGCAAUGAACCGGCCGUUUGGAGCCAGCUGGCCAAGGCGCAGCUCAAGCAAGGACUGGUCAAAGAAGCCAUCGAUUCCUACAUCAAGGCGGACGAUCCUUCAGAGUACAUGGCGGUUGUCGAAACCGCCACCCAGAACAACUCGUGGGAGGAUCUUGUUAGGUACCUUCAGAUGGCGCGCAAGAAGGCGCGAGAAAGCUAUAUAGAGUCCGAGCUCAUCUACUCUUAUGCAAAGACCGGGCGUCUCGCCGAUCUUGAAGAGUUCAUCUCUGGUCCAAACCACGCCGAUAUCCUAAAGAUUGGUGAGCGUUGCUUUGAGGACAAGAUGUACGACGCAGCCAAGUUGCUGUUCAACAACGUGUCAAACUUCGCACGUCUGGCCAUCACGCUGGUUCACCUGAAAGAGUUUCAAGGGGCAGUGGACAGCGCAAGGAAGGCCAACAGCACCAGAACUUGGAAGGAGGUCUGCUUCGCUUGCGUCGAUCACGAGGAGUUUAGGCUGUCGCAAAUGUGCGGCAUGCACAUUGUGGUUCACGCGGAUGAAUUGCAGGAUUUAAUCAACUACUACCAAGACCGUGGAUACUUUGAGGAAUUGAUUGGUCUAUUGGAAGCUGCCUUGGGUUUAGAAAGGGCCCACAUGGGAAUGUUCACGGAAUUGGCAAUUCUUUACUCAAAAUACAAGCCAGCUAAAAUGCGAGAGCAUCUAGAGUUGUUCUGGUCCAGAGUAAACAUACCCAAAGUACUCCGAGCAGCAGAACAAGCUCAUCUAUGGGCUGAGUUAGUAUUCCUGUAUGACAAAUAUGAAGAGUACGACAAUGCAGUACUUGCAAUGAUGGCCCAUCCAACUGAAGCCUGGAGAGAAGGCCAUUUCAAGGACAUCAUCACUAAAGUUGCCAACAUUGAACUAUACUAUAAAGCGAUCCAGUUUUAUCUUGACUAUAAACCGCUUCUUCUAAACGACCUCCUGCUGGUUCUGGCACCCAGAAUGGAUCAUACUAGGUCUGUCCAAUUCUUCUCAAAAACAGGCCAUCUCCAACUUGUCAAAUCUUAUCUUCGUUCAGUACAAAACUUGAAUAACAAGGCAAUCAACGAAGCCCUAAAUUCCCUUCUGAUUGAAGAGGAGGAUUUCCAGGGACUACGAACAUCUAUAGAUGCUUUCGAUAACUUUGAUAAUAUUAGUCUUGCCCAGAAAUUGGAGAAACACGAACUCACAGAAUUUAGACGUAUUGCUGCCUAUCUUUAUAAAGGUAACAAUAGAUGGAAACAAAGUGUUGAACUAUGCAAAAAAGAUAGGCUUUUCCGAGAUGCUAUGGAAUAUACUGCUGAAUCUAGAAAUCAAGAACUGGCCGAAGAAUUGUUGGCUUGGUUCUUGGAAAGAAAAGCUUAUGAUUGCUUCUCCGCUUGUUUGUAUCAGUGUUAUGACCUCUUAAGGCCAGAUGUGAUCUUAGAGCUGGCCUGGAAACAUAAGAUAAUGGACUUUGCCAUGCCUUAUCUCAUCCAAGUGACCAGGGAGAUGUCUACAAGAAUUGAAAAAUUAGAACAAUCAGAAACACAAAGACAGACUGAAGCUGCAGAAGAACCCAAAUCAAUGAUGAUGCCAGAACCUCAGCUAAUGCUGACUGCUGGUCCAGCAAUGGGUAUGCCUCCACAGCAGUUUGUUCCACAAGCAUAUGCCCAGGCUGGGUAUGCCCCUCAAAUGCAAUACCAAGGGUAUCCCGGAAUGUAAUAUACAACCCCAAUUAAUUACGCCCAAAUGAAUAGCAAAUGGAUAUAGUACAAGACAAUAUAGCAUGUUAACUAAAAGGAGGGAGGGGGGUUGAUUUGUCCUGCCUUCAAAACUGUAGGGGAAAAAUUUGUUGAAUUUUAUCUAAAACGGCGCAGUAUUUCUAGUAUUUUAGCGUAUGCAAACAUUUUGGGAAGGUUUACGAAUAAUUACCCCCCUUUUAACGCUUAAGAAAAAGUUCUAUAGAAACUUUAAAUGUUGAUUUUCCAUUCUGCCAAAGUCUUGUAAAGGAAGUUAUUAAUCAAAUAUCUGUUUAUAGUUCAAAUUUUUGAGAUUAAAUCAGGAAAUAGUCAAAAACAUAAUUAGUUAAUUGGAUUCCAAAAUGAUGUAGAUACACUGAGCUAUUUCCUCGACUGCAAAGGAGGUUAUCAUCAUUUGUUUUCAGUAAAAUGGAUUGCUUUCUAAAGAGAAAUUGAUAACUGAAAGUUCGAUUUGGGCAAUUUAUUCAAUUUAUUGAUUAAUUUGAAAUUGAUAGGAUAUUUUUAAUUUUUAUUUGUUUACGUCCAUUCAAUAUUGUGCUUUAUAUUUUUGUUAUUUUUUUAAUGGAUGCUUAUUUACUUUUUAAUAUGUACAUAAUAGCAUAUUAUGUGCUAGUAAAUGAAAAAGAAGCAGAAGACGUACUAUGUAUAUAUAACAUAUUGAUAAUAAUAUAGUAUAAUUUACUUGUCAACAAAAUUUUAUGUUAUCCAAUCUAUAAUCGACUUACAUCAGAUUAGUGAUUUUAGGCAUUCCCAGUUUAGUUUUACAUAAACUUUAUUACUUUUUUCCUUUGAGUAACUGAUGUUAUUUUAAUAUUUUAAUGAUGCACAUCAAAUUUAAUAUUUAUUGAGUGUAUUAGCAAGUUGAAACUUUUAUUUAGUUUGUAUUAUUAUAAAAUAUUUGUAAAUGUUGGUCUAUUUCUCAGUAAUUGCACCUUAAUGCGAGGUUCUUGUUAUUUUCCUAUAAUCAUGAACAGCUAUAUUAAUUAAAGACAUUACCUAUAAA